AUGGUACUUUUUCCUCAGAGAGUAAUUUAUCGAUUGUUACUGUCUUUCUUCUCAUUAGAAGAUGAUGAAAAACAAAAGUCCGUAUUUCGUGGUAUGGAUGCAAAAGAAAAAGAAAUAUUUACACUUAUUAAUAACCAUCGUCGACAAUAUGAUUUACCAGUACUUGAGACAUCUAUCAAUCUUGCUUAUGUUGCUCAUACACAUGCUGUUGAUGUUAGUGAAAAUAAUCUGGAUGUUUAUGGUGAUAAUGAGCAUAGUUGA